AGCCACAGAUAAGCCACAGAGCAACAACAGUGUGUGUGUGUGUGUGACCAUUUCGGAAGAACCAAAGGAUUUUAGUCUACCCUUACAAACCCUCAUCUUCUUCCAUGGCUUCCGUCGCCUUCUCCACCCCCACGGCGGCCUCCUUUUCACCCCCCUCCGGCCACACCCACCGCCUCUGCCUCCGCCCGCGUCUCUCCUUUCCGCCGCCGUCCAAACCCUCAAAAUCAAGGAUUUCAGCCUCCAUUUCCCCACCACUCCAAAUCUCACCAAUCAAAUCGCCCAAAACCCCAACCCCGGAGCAAGAUUUACUCUCCGGCUCCACCCGCACCGUCACCACGGUGGUCGCGAUCGCCGCAGCCGCCGCGAAGCUCUUCGCCCACAGAAUUUUCACCGCGGCCGCGCAGUUCAGGGAGCCCCUGCUCGCCGCCGCCGGCCCGGCGUUCUUCGCCGCCAUGAGGAAUGUUCCUACGGGGGGUCUGAACACGCCGUUCACGGUGGUGGCCGCCGGAAUGGCGAAGUGGCUGGAUCUCUACAGUGGGGUUUUGAUGGUUAGGGUUUUGCUGAGCUGGUUCCCCAAUAUCCCAUGGGAUAGGCAGCCCUUAUCUGCAAUUAGGGAUUUGUGCGAUCCUUAUUUGAAUCUUUUUAGGAACAUAAUUCCUCCGAUUUUCGACACGUUGGAUGUGAGCCCGCUUCUUGCUUUCGCGGUUUUGGGUACGUUGGGUUCGAUUCUGAACAGCAGCAGGCAAUCGUAUUGAGAGAUUACUCUUUUGAGUUUUGUUAGUAAUUUCAAUAAUCUAGUGGAUUGAUUCGGUUGAGUAUAUUCGCUGUUGUAGGAUUUUUCGCUUGAAAUCAUAUAGAAUCAUAAAUUAGUUUGCAUUUUUAUUUGCUUAAAAUACUUAAAUCUUCGGUUGCGAUUGUGAUUCUUGCAUUUUGUACCUGCUUUAUAUCGUGGGAGAAAAAAAAAAAAAAAGACAACUUUUUGUUAAUGUGGUCCGAUUUCUAUUAAAAAAAGAUCGAUUUUGGUGGCGAAUGAUCGAUUUAUUAUUAU